GGAGGCGGCGGAGCGGAAGCCAUGGCUGCAAUCCGAAAGAAGCUGGUGAUUGUGGGCGAUGGUGCCUGUGGGAAGACCUGCCUCCUCAUCGUCUUCAGCAAGGAUCAGUUUCCAGAGGUCUACGUCCCUACUGUCUUUGAGAACUAUAUUGCAGACAUUGAGGUGGAUGGCAAGCAGGUGGAGCUGGCUCUGUGGGACACAGCAGGGCAGGAAGACUAUGAUCGCCUGCGGCCUCUCUCCUACCCGGACACUGACGUCAUUCUGAUGUGCUUCUCCAUUGACAGCCCCGACAGCCUGGAAAACAUUCCUGAGAAGUGGACCCCAGAGGUGAAGCACUUCUGCCCCAACGUGCCCAUUAUCCUAGUGGGGAACAAGAAGGACCUGCGGCAAGAUGAGCAUACCAGAAGAGAGCUGGCCAAGAUGAAGCAGGAGCCUGUGCGGUCUGAGGAAGGCCGGGACAUGGCGAACCGGAUCAGUGCCUUUGGCUACCUUGAGUGCUCAGCCAAGACCAAGGAGGGGGUGCGGGAGGUAUUUGAGAUGGCCACACGGGCUGGCCUCCAGGUCCGUAAGAAUAAGCGCCGGAGGGGCUGCCCCAUUCUCUGAGAUCCCCAAGGCCUCCCCUACUUGCCCCCUCCCUUCACAGGGGUGCAGAAAUUACCCACCCCCCAACCUCACAAUCUUAGGACUCCACGCUGAAGGCUCCCUUUUCAGUUCCCUCCUGCCCAGGACUGCAUUGUUUCCCCAGCCCCGGGGUGGUGGUGGUAGGCCUGCCCUCCUUUCCAGUCCUCUGGGAACCCAGGCCUAUGCCCUGCCCUUCCAGAGCAGAGCCCCUCCCGCUGCUGCCCUGGUCCAGGGGCGGGGACUCUUGCUCUCCUUGGCCUUCCCCAGAGGAUGGUCACACACCAGCACUUUAUACACUUCUGGCUCACAGGAGAAUGACUGGGGCAAGGGACCUAGAGUCCCGGGCCCCUGGGUUUCUGCUUUGGGCUGGGGCCUUGUCUCUGACUGCACUUGGUGGGGGGCAUGAAUAAAGGCCACAGGUUCCAAUGCUUGUA